UCGCCACCUGAUACGUUCGCUAAGAGCCUCACACUCUCUCUUGUUCAACUUUUCAAAGUUUACGGAACAAUGGCAGCGGCAGCAUGCACCAUGGCGGCAACAGCAGCCAAAUUUCGAGUCGGUAGACCUGAAGCUUCUUUCGGUCCCGCUUCCCUGCGAGGCGAUCCGCAGAGCCUUUCGUCCUCGCACUCUUCUUUCCACGGUGUCAAACUUACCGUGAAUUCCAAGCGGAUUUCGAAGAAACUGAGCGAUAAUGAAAGAUACAGGAUGGUUUCGCCCAAGGCGGUUUCGGAUACUUUUAAUGAGCUUACAUGCUUGGAUCCGGAUGCUAGUCGGAGUGUGCUGGGUAUUAUUCUAGGAGGCGGUGCGGGUACUCGUCUUUACCCACUCACUAAGAAGAGAGCAAAACCAGCUGUUCCUUUGGGUGCCAAUUAUAGGCUGAUUGAUAUCCCUGUUAGUAAUUGCAUAAAUAGUAAUAUAUCUAAGAUUUAUGUUCUCACCCAGUUCAAUUCAGCCUCUCUCAAUCGUCAUCUCUCACGGGCUUAUGCCAGCAACAUGGGUGGCUACAAGAAUGAAGGAUUUGUGGAAGUACUUGCUGCGCAGCAAAGUCCAGAAAAUCCGAAUUGGUUUCAGGGAACAGCUGAUGCAGUUAGACAAUAUUUGUGGCUGUUUGAGGAGCAUUCAAUAAUGGAAUUUCUGAUUCUGGCUGGAGAUCAUCUCUAUAGAAUGGACUAUCAGAAAUUUAUUCAGGCACACAGGGAAACCAAUGCAGAUAUCACUGUGGCUGCUUUGCCAAUGGAUGAAAAACGGGCAACAGCAUUUGGUCUUAUGAAAAUUGACAGUGAAGGCCGUAUUGUUGAGUUUGCAGAGAAACCCAAAGGAGAAGAGCUGAAGGCGAUGAGAGUGGAUACUACAAUCUUAGGUCUGGAUGAAGAACGAGCAAAGGAGAUGCCUUACAUAGCUAGUAUGGGGAUUUAUGUUGUUAGCAAAGAUGCAAUGUUGAAUCUUUUACGUGAAAAAUUUCCCGAGGCAAAUGACUUUGGAAGUGAAGUAAUACCAGGUGCCACAUCCAUUGGAAUGGCAGUACAAGCAUAUUUAUAUGAUGGAUAUUGGGAAGAUAUUGGUACUAUUGAAGCAUUUUAUAACGCAAAUUUGGGCAUCACCAAGAAGCCUGUUCCAGAUUUCAGUUUUUAUGAUAGAUCAGCUCCAAUAUAUACACAGUCUCGAUUUUUGCCACCAUCAAAGAUGCUUGAUGCAGAUGUCACUGAUAGUGUUAUUGGUGAGGGAUGUGUUAUAAUGAACUGCAAAAUUCAUCAUUCUGUCGUUGGACUACGUUCUUGGAUAUCAGCGGGUGCAGUUAUUGAGGAUGCCUUACUCAUGGGUGCUGAUUACUACGAAACGGAUGAAGAGAGAAACUUGCUUUCAGGAAAAGGGGGUGUCGCAAUUGGCAUUGGAAGAGAUAGUCAUGUCAAAAGGGCAAUUAUUGACAAGAAUGCUCGAAUAGGAGAUAAUGUUAAGAUUAUCAACAAGGACGGUGUGCAAGAGGCUGCAAGGGAAACAGAUGGUUACUUCAUAAAGAAUGGCAUUGUAACUGUUAUCAAAGACGCAUUGAUUCCUAGUGGUACCGUCAUUUGAAGUCAUGCACCUGUACGCAAUAAAUCUCCAAUAAAACUACUGCUCAUGGUCGUUGAUGUUCUAUACCUACGUAAGGCAGGGAUCCAGAUAUUUGCAGGCAUUAAAGUUUCUUCCUUGCAAAGAGUUGUAUUCUAUUGGAAUAAAACACCUGCUGGAAAACCUUGAUGGAUUGUUUUGACUUUGGCAUUUUCUUGCUCAAUGUCUUUAAUGUAAGGACUCAUAUUUUUGAAUUUUCUGUUAUUCAAAGGCACCAUCCUUCGUUCCAA